AUGAAGCUCCUUUCCGUCUUGCUCUGCUACGCCGGCUUUCUGCGUUUCUCCGACGUGAUUCUCGUCCAGUGGCACGAAAUCAGAUUCCUUCCCACUCACAUGGAGCUGUUUCUGGAGAAGAGUAAGACCGACCAUUACCGCGUCGGUCGCUGGGUCUUGAUUGCCAGAGUCGGUGGGCCUUUCUGCCCGGUUACUUUCACUGAGUAUGUGCUUUUUCUGGGCCAGUAUGACCGCCUUGAUCCAAGCGGUCUCAUCCGGUGUGUCACGAUCUCGCGCGCGCGCCAGUACAUUCGGUCGGAGCAGCCCUGCUACUCUAUAGUUCUCUCUUGGUUCAAGGACGCCGCCCGCGUCCUUGGCCCGAACCCCGACGAGUACGGCACUCACUCGGGCAGACGCGGUGGCGCGACGCGCGCCGCUAACGUGGAUGUCCCUGACCGGCUGUUCAAGGAGCACGGGUUCUGGAAGAGCGAUCGCGCGAUGGACUCCUACGUGUUCUGCGCCGCGGCCGCACUGCGCCCCUUCGAGGUCACCACCAAGCGACUAGCGGCGGCCGCGUCCAUUCGCCCGCGACGCGUCGCGCGCGGAUACCUUUUCCCAAUUACCACCUAUGGCGAGGCGCCCGCCUGA